AUGAUGAAUUCAACACCAUCAAAACCUGACAGCAUGUUUGAAGCAUCAUAUUCUUUCUAUUUUCUCAUGUUGAGCUCGACAAAAUAUUUUCGUUUAGUUUAUUCCUCAUUUUAUCACCCUUCUUCUCAAUUCCCUCUGUUCUUUUCUUACUCUGUCUUCUAUCUAUCUAUAUCAGCCUGUUCAUUAUCUAUCUAUCAAUCUAUCUAUCUAUCUAUCUAUCUAUCUCAGUCUGUUCAUAUCUAUCUAUCUAUCUAUCUAUCUAUAUCAGUCUGUUCAUAUCUAUCUAUCUAUCUAUCUAUCUAUCUAUCUAUCUGUAUGUCUGUCUGUCUGUCUAUAUAUAUCAGUCUGUUCGUUAUCUAUCUAUCUAUCUGUCUAUCUAUAUCAGUCUGUUCAUAUCUGUCUAUCUAUCUAUCUAUCUAUCUGUCUAUCUAUCUAUAUGAGUCUCUAGCUGUCUAUCUAUCUAUAUCAGUCAGUUCAUAUCUAUCUAUCUAUCUAUCUAUCUAUCUAUCUAUCUAUCUAUCUAUCUAUCUAUCUCAGUCUGUUCAUAUCUAUCUAUCUAUCUAUCUAUCUAUCUAUCUAUCUAUCUAUCUAUCUAUCUAUAUCCGUCUGUUCAUUAUCUAUCUACCUAUCUAUAUCUCUCUAAUACAUCACCGUCUUUCUCCACAAUAUCCCUCCGCCCACUUAUACCCAAAUCUGUUCAUUGUUCUCUUCUCAUUUACCAUUGCACAAUCACCAAGUUUUGCCGUCCUCACUACCUUGAUUAACAGUUUUGCUUGUUCCAAUCGAUUCACGAACUGGCCGACGCUUUUGUUUGGUCAACACUUUCACAUUAACACACUGAGUCCGUAUACAAUGUAUUUGCUUUGUCAAGCGAGGUACGGGAAGACAAUACAUGACUUCAAUCAAGUCACAUUUGCCAGAGAUUCUCUGAUGGGAAAAGACAGCUGUCCAUUCCUUCUUUCUCCUUUCUUUUCACAAGGAAAAACCUUUUCUAUAUUGUUUCACCAAAUUUCACAACUCCAUUCUUGUUAG